AUGAAGAUCUUCUGCCUCCUCUCUGUUGCCGUCCUCCUCUUGAUGCUGCUGGCUCCAGGUAUGGCCUUCUUCUCAGAUGCUUCUUCUCUGAGCAGCUCCACAGCUCUCAACUUUAUUCAUUUUAAACCUGCCUCUGAAUAUCUAGCUUCAGGGAACCCCAAAGGGAUGGGUGGAGAAUUCCUUUGCCCCUCUGUCCUCCUUGAGAACUUCCCAAAUGGGGCAUCUGGUCGGCCACUUGAAGAGCAAUGUGUUUCCUUUGGCUCGAUCCAGAAAUCAGGCUCUUUCUAUGAUCUCACUGUAAUACUAAUCUUGCAACAUGAAAUAUCAUCCAUAGGAAUUGCUUUAAGAUGUUUAAUACAGUGGUACCUCAGGUUACAUACGCUUCAGGUUACAUACGCUUCAGGUUAAAGACUCCGCUAACCCAGAAAUAGUGCUUCAGGUUAAGAACUUUGCUUCAGGAUGAGAACAGAAAUUGGGCUCCGGCGGUGUGGCAGCAGCAGGAGGCCCCAUUAACUAAAGUGGUGCUUCAGGUUAAGAACAGUUUCAGGUUAAAUACGGACCUCCGGAAGGAAUUAAGUACUUAACAAAGGGAAGCCAGUCUCCCCCAAUAAAUUUUUAUUAUUUUCUUAACACAGUCUUAUACAAUACAUCAAACCACAUAUAUACUUUUAGCUCUGCCAAGCUUGCAACUUCCCUCCUUCCCUUCAACAGGUAUCCCUUAUUCUCUUAAAUCACAUAUUUUAGUAUUCAACCUCUUAUCUGUCUUUACAUUGUAGAAGUUAUUUCAGUCCUGCCAGUGUUUUUAAGGUUUUACAAUUAUCCUUUAGUUACACAGUGAAUUUACUCCAACUUUCCUGGAAUCUCUGAUCAUCCUGAUCCUGAAUUCUGCCAGUCAGCUUGGCUAUCUCCGCAUAGUUCAUCAUUUUCAUCUGCCACUCCGCAUUAGUAGGGAUUUCUUGUAGCCAGUCUCUCUGACGCAGCCUUACUGACCGCCUUGGCUCAGCUCUUUUGCUGAAGGUGCAGGCAGGAGGGGAAGGGUCUCUCUCUCCACCCCAGACCCUUUCCCUGCAUUCAUCCUGCACCAGUCUCCCCCAAUGUGGCCCCUCCAGGUUUCUUGCCUAGCAAGGUUAUCAGGGAAGAAGAAGUGAAGGUGCAGAAGGUCAGUUCUGGGGGUACAGGGCAGGCUUCAAAUGGUUCUUUCUCCUCCCCCAGAUUUCACCGGAGCCCAAAAUCUCGAUGAGAAAUGUCGCCAUCUCAGGGGAAGCUGCCACUAUCUUAGGUGCUGGAAAGGCAAAAGACAGAUUGGUAGAUGCACAGGACUCAAAGUUUGCUGUCGUUAA